CAUUUUCAAAGAAGACGGUUUUCCCUUAGCCAGCAGUUCUAGGCUUUUCAUUUCUGUUCUAGGAUUUCAUUUCAAAUCAUCGACUCCAUUGACUGCUAAAAGCUGCAGCUGGUGACUCCCCACUCCCCACCCCUCUGGAAUGCCCCCGCCAGUGACAACGCAGACAGGGUGGCCUGGUUUCCUUUCUGGUGUGUAUAUGAGGUCGCUGCCUGCUCAGAAACUCAGAAGACUUGCCCCCUCAUCUCAGGCAGACAGCUGGUGGGGUCAUCUUCUCCUGGAGCCUUAGUCAUGGCACCAGGCACUUGGCUAGAAGAUGCCAGGGAGGCAAAGACGAAGCAGGUCGUGGCCUGCCCAGGUUUCUUAGAAGCAAGCUUACAUCAGACCUGCCAUGACACCCACAGAAUUCACAGGUUUUGUCCCUAACCUGUCUGAUGACUACAACUAUGACUCCACAUCUUUCAUAGAUGACUAUGUGAACAACUUCACAGACUUCUUCUGUAAGAAAAACAAUGUUAGGCAGUUUGCAAGCCACUUCCUCCCACCGUUGUACUGGCUGGUGUUCAUCAUGGGUACCAUAGGCAACAGCCUCGUCAUCCUUGUCUACUGGUACUGCACACGAGUGAAGACCAUGACCGACAUGUUCCUAUUGAAUCUGGCCAUCGCUGACCUUCUCUUUCUCGUCACUCUUCCCUUUUGGGCCAUCGCUGCUGCUGACCAGUGGAAAUUCCAAACCUUCAUGUGCAAAGUGAUCAACAGCAUGUACAAGAUGAACUUCUACAGCUGUGUGCUACUGAUCAUGUGCAUCAGUGUGGACAGGUACAUCGCCAUCGGCCAGGCCAUGAAGGCGCAGACCUGGAGGCAGAAAAGGCUUCUGUACAGCAAAAUGGUUUGUGUGACUGUCUGGGUGGCAGCGGCCAUACUCUGCAUUCCAGAAAUCCUGUACAGCCAAACCAAGAAGGAAUCUGACAUUACCAUCUGCACCAUGGUUUACCCUCAUGAUGAGAGUACCAAACUGAAGUCAGCUGUCUUGACCCUGAAGGUCAUCCUGGGGUUCUUCCUUCCCGUUGUGGUCAUGGUUUGCUGCUACACCAUCAUCAUUCACACUCUGACCCAAGCCAAGAAGUCGUCCAAGCACAAGGCCCUAAGGGUGACCAUCGCUGUCCUUACUGUCUUCGUCUUAUCUCAGUUACCCUACAACUGCGUUCUGUUGGUGCAGACCAUUGAUGCCUACAUCAACUUCAUCUCCAACUGUGCCAUUUCCACCAACAUUGACAUCUGCCUCCAGGUCACUCAAACCAUUGCCUUUUUCCACAGCUGCCUGAACCCUGUCCUCUACGUUUUUGUGGGGGAGAGAUUCCGCCGGGAUCUUGUGAAAACCCUGAAGCACCUGGGUUGCAUCACCCAGGCUCAGUGGGUCUCCUUCACAAGGAGAGAGGGUAGCUUGAAGCUGUCAUCUACGUUGCUGCAGACGACCUCAGGAGCUCUCUCCCUCUGAGGGGUCUUCUGUCUGAGGUGAAUGGUCCUUUUGGAAGUAACAAGAAAUAUAGAAACAGCUUCCCAACCAAUGGAACCCAUGGGAAACCAAAGAAGAAAACGGAAGUGAGGAAGAGAAAAAGAAAAACAAGAAAAACCCAGAAAGGGAUCAAUUUAAACGUUAUUGCUUUGAGUCAGAAUUUGCCAAGCUAGAGUUCUCAAACUGACUGGCUAUGACAGAGACUGUUGACUGGCUCCUGGCUGCAAUGCCUGGAAUUUUCAGAGGCCUAAUGGCAGACCACCCCAGUGUCACCUGCCCGGGCAUCAAUGCAGCUGACCUCUGGAGGAGGUGUCUGAGCUUCUCAGUGCACUGAGAAUUGCUGUGGUUUUAGUUCUGUGCCACCCCUUCCAAAAGGAAACACAGAAGCAUUGGCCACUCUGUAUAGUCCACAAAAGCACAAAGUUUCAUGAAAACUUCCAUCUUUGGGGUAUUCCUACCCUGGUUUGGGGGCUGAUACCCAUGCCAGCUCUUAUAGGUUCUUGAUCUAGAGUCAUUCCAAACAACCUCAGAUCUAAUUCUCCUCUGGUCUCCUUGAUCUGUUCUGGGCCAGGGAGGGUCUUUUUCCCGUUUUGAAACUCUCUGCAGGACUUAGUCAGUGAGCGCCUAGGCAACCCACCAUAGCAGCAGUCAUCCAGAUUCUGGUGGCUUCCACUAUUUUGGUGCCCUGUGAUUCCAUGUCUGGCUGCAGGGUUGACCUGGGCGAGGAUUCAGCUUGUCCACUGGUGUUGUGGAAGUGGUCCUCUCAGCCUGUGCAGGGAGACUGAGAAUCUGAAUUGGAGGAACCAGCCCUGGAACCCUGACACUGGGGUGCACUUGCUCUGCCGAGUGGCUUUGGUGAUGGUCCAUUUCGCUACCUAUACAAUGGGUUGGUACUAUCGGCCCUCUUGUUUUUGAGGCUGCUGGAAGGACAUUUGCCUCCAUGCGUCUCCUUUCUUACUGUAUAGUGUUAGCAUGUUUAAAAGCUUUUAAAAAAAGUAAUAGAAUUCUUUGUUUUUUGCUUUGUGUCUUUCUUUUAGCUUUGGCAAAUUUAUCACAUUUGAAAACAUUUCUUAUUAGAAAAGAAUUUUUGUAAUAUACAUUUAAAAAUAUCCAUGACCGGUCACUUUCUUCACCCUGUCUCUAUAUUUUAACUAGGUACACAAUUACAGAUCAAAUAGCCAUAUAUAGAGAGUAAGAGACUGGGAUAGGGAAGUGAAAUCUCCAAAGUACCUUGAAAGCAUCUUGGCUGACCAGGUUUUACCUCUCCUUCGGUCAAACUGACCUCCAAGUUUUCCCAGUUAGCCCAGUGGAAUUUCCAAGGAGGACCAUUGGAGCAGCACCGUGAACCUGUGGCUCUCGAGGAAGCAUUUGAUUUUCCCAAUGUGCUGUGAAUUUCUGUGGUUUCAUUUCCCAGGCCUUCCCUUCCAAAGGGGAUAUGAAAGCACUGGACUCGACCACAUCCUCCUCCUUCUCCUGCCCACUUCUGAACUACAUGUUAGUGAGACAGAGAGCAGAAAAUGGGCAGGUGAACAAGAGGAUGAUGCAAAGGCGUCACUACCCCAUCCCAGGUGUGGGCAGUUGGGGGCAAAUAAGCAUUAACCUGGGACCAGCACAUCAACAUGGACCCCAGAACCACAAGCGCUGCCUACAGUCAAGGGGAGCAAGUCUUCUCCAAGGUCAGAAAACAGACAGCGCCGUCCGUAUGGCCACCGUUUCCAGGAGAAGACCCAGAGAUCACUUGGGGAACAUGGACGUUUGAGCAAUAUGCAUGAGCCAAACCUAAAUCACACUGUACAGUUAUGUGGAAAGGUCACCACUGAGUUUGGCUUUUCCAUUCAGUGCCCUCUUGAUACUGCGGUGCUAGCACCAUGUGUCAUGGGGGUUCCAGUGGAGAUGAGGAUGAGGGGAGGGAUGGAAAGAGGAAGGGUGAGCCACGGUUGUGUCUGUAGAGUCUACUCUCAGUCUAGAGUUACUUAAAUGACAAUAUGAUGGAGUCUUAGUGGGAGUUUAGAGGUAAAUAUGACUUUGGCCAACGUACAUUAGUUGAAAAAAAAGAGCCAGGAGCUCCAUCUUGCCCCUCUCUGAUUUUUAAGAAAGGCGAUGUGGGGACACCACAAGAACCACGAGCCCUGCAUUGCACCCUAAUGCACAUGAUCAUGUGUGGUUCCAAGGGCUUCCUUUAGUGCCCGACUGUCACUAUUGGACUGUCCCAGCCCUAACACAGCUUCCAAGCAGGAGUCAAGACAUGCUAUAACUGUAUUAUAUUUUAAAGAUUUUAAGCAUCUUUUGUUGGCAAAUUGUCUUAGCUUUUAAGUGAUUGCAUACAUAGGACCAUUUUACAUUCAAAUUAAACUAGGUUUCAGUAACAUAUUUCUCUUAGGAUAAAAAUGUUGGAAAAGUCAACAUGGGGAAAUCCAUGAGGAAGCUGUGAGUCACUCAACAUUUCUAGAAUAUAUGCUGUGUGCGUACUUUUAAAAAUAAAGAUAAAAGGAGCUAUUAAAUACAAUUACAUUUUACUAGAACUCUAUAAAUCAGAAAAAUGAAGAAACUGAAUGAAAUAUGAUGUUUUCAUUACAGAAGAAGAAACUGGUGUCUUUUUUUUAACCAAAAAACUUUUAACUAAUUUUAAGUCGACACAUCACAACAUGCAUAUUCAAGUGGGGAUUGCUGUUUUGAAGUGGUCAACUUGAAUGACUAGAAAUUUGGCCUUUUGUAAUUGUCUCUCAGGAUUACAGAAUACUCAUUCAUUCUUUCAUUUAUUCGGCAAACAUUUGUACCAUGAACCUUUCUACUCACUGAGGUGAGAAUUGUCCUUUCCGUCAAGGUGCUUAUAUUCUAGCAAAGUGGAAAAGCCAAGUGCCACAUGGACUCAGGUAUCAGAGGAAGGUAUAGAAGGCUCUGUCAGGCGAUACCCCUUGGCUUAGAAUCAUGAAGCUGGUGUCCUUGUAUGGCUUAUCAACUGGUGUGUGGACAGUUCCCAGGACAAGCCUCUCAAGUGGCAGCCUCUUUGGGUAAGCUCUUGGACAAACAGCUCUGCAUGUGUUCCUGAUCUGGCGUACGUGCCAAACACACUCCACACACAAUGCCUUGUAUGUAGUAGACACAAUAUGUUAUACUAAUGAAUUUAUUAAAGUCUAAAAUUAGUCAUGUCUCAAGUUUGUACUUCACGUAUCAGAAAUCAGCUGCAAGAAAACUUUGAAAAAAUAAAGACUGACAACUUUGAGCAAUGGGACAUUAUGUCCUUUGGGUAGUAAUGCCGCCCUGUUACCUAUAGGCAGCCUGAGAGGAGCUGGUUGUCAGUGCCUUCCCAGGCCUGGUGAGGGCUCAGACUGCUGCCUGCCAACACCUGAGACAGAGCUGUGUCAGCCACUUCACAAAGCCUAUAGCCCCCGUCUCAGGAUGUUUUUAUUUUUAAUUUUUUUAAAGAUUUUAUUGGGGAAUUGGGGGGAGGGG